AUGUCCUGGGUCAGGCGGCGGGCUGGUCCCCUGAUCGUCCUCGGUACAUCCGCAGCAGGCGGCGCAGCGUACCGCUUUUUUGGUCCUUCGAGACCCACCGACGAAUCGCUCAAUCCGCACACAUUCACGCCGUACACACUCAUCAACAAGCAGCCUGUGUCGUCGACCAGCGCUAUAUUCACAUUACGUAACGCAAACGGCGCGCCAGAUUCGCAAAGUGUGAAGGAGGUGGAAAAGCGAAGCGUCUGGAGCAUACAAAUCAAGCAGCCACAAUUGCAAAUUGCUCGUGCUUAUACACCGCUACCACAUACCACCGAUGGAAGGAAGGAUGAGGACGCACCUCAGAACAUAAGGCUCUUGAUUCGGCAAGAGACCGGAGGGGAGGUAUCGACAUAUCUGCACCGGUUGCCUGAGCAAGCAACAUUAGAGCUUCGCGGUCCCAACGCUGAGUUUGAGCUGCCUCGCAAUGUCAAAGAAGUCAUCUUCCUGGCCGGCGGAACGGGCAUUGCACCUGCAAUGCAAGUUGCGCAGGCUCUAAGCAGGAGGACAGGAAGUAAAAUGCAGGUUCUUUGGGCAAACCGGAAGCGAGAGGAGUGCGUCGGUGGUGUCAGCGACGACCGUGAGACUGCAAGCUCACCCCAGAACCGAUUGGGGUGGUGGAAGAGCAUCCUCGUUGGAUCAAGCGAGACUGCCACAUUGGUCGGCCUUUCGAAGGAUGACGCUGUUGAAAGCGAAAUACUGCAAGACAAAGGCCUCAUCGUGAAGGAGCUAGAUGCGUUAAAGGCGAACAAUACGAUUGCAACACAGGGAUUGAAGGUCCAAUACUACGUUGAUGAGGAAAAGACCUUUAUCCAGCCAGAGGACGUCAUGCAGAGGAUGGCCAGCACAUCACAGGAGAAGGGCUCAAAGCUGAUAAUCGUGUCUGGACCAGAUGGAUUCAUCGAGCACUGGGCCGGCAGAAAGGUCUGGGUCGAUGGCCGAGAGACGCAAGGCCCACUCGGAGGCGAAUUGAGGGAGAUGAAUCUUGGAGACUGGAAAGUCUUCAAGCUGUAA